AUGGAUAAUGUCAGGAAUGGGACCCAAGUUUCCAUGUUUGUGUUUACUGGCCUGACCAAUGAUGGAAGGCUUAUUCCCUUCCUCUUCCUCUUCUUCUUGGUUAUAUAUAUCAUGACUGUGAUAGGAAACACCGGAAUGAUAGUGAUUGUCAAAAAAAAUGCAAAACUGAACUCCCCGAUGUACUUCUUCCUGAGCUACCUCUCCCUGGUGGACCUUAUCUAUUCUACUGUUAUAACCCCCAGAAUGCUCUCCGAUCUUAUCUCCUCAAGGAGGGUUAUCUCCUUUAAUGGUUGUGCCAUACAGUUCUUCUUCUUUUCUGCUUUGGCAGGGACAGAAAUCUAUAUUCUGGCGGACAUGUCGUAUGACCGCUAUGUCGCCAUCUGUCACCCUCUUCAUUAUGGAUCCAUAAUGACUAACUGUAAAUGUUUUUUCCUGGUUCUUCUUGCUUUCUUCAUUGGCUUCUUAGAGUCAUCCUUACAGGUGAACUGUGUAUUUAGGCUCCAAUUUUGCAGAUCAAACUUGAUCGACCACUUCUACUGUGACGUUCCUCCAUUGCUCAAGCUGUCCUGCUCCGAUACUUUGUACUGUGAUUUGGUGACGGUGUACAGUGUUGCCAUUUGUACCAUUGGAUCAUUAUCACCCAUACUCAUCUCUUACAUGUUUAUUUUUUCAACAAUUAUACGUAUGAAGUCAGCUGAGGGGAAAAAGAAGGCAUUUAGUACGUGCUCAGCUCACCUCAUCUGCACCUCCUUGUUUUAUAUUACAGUCUUCUUCACCUAUCUACGUCCUUCUUCUGCCUACUUUGAUGUCCAGGACAAAGUGGCUUGUAUUUUCUACACAGUACUUACACCAAUGUUGAACCCACUUGUGUAUAGCCUGAGGAACCAAGAGGUAAAAAGGAUCAUCAUUCAAACAUUAUACAAUUCUACCAUGGUCGAAACAAUCCUGUCUAUCAUCAGUAACAGGAUUUACAUUUUAUCCAUACUGCUUAAGAUACAGAAAGUGACUCCUAAGUAG